AUGGCUCUCUCUCAGCCUUCCACUUCCCAUCCGAGAGCUCGCCGGAACCCUAGCCUUGGCUGGGCUUCCAUGUUCGCCGUCUACGUCGGCGUGAGCUUUGCUGGCGGCCGUAGGAUCUUGGCCAGCGUCGUCUCUGAUCUCACGAAUGGUUGCCGUUGCGUUCCAGGACUCGUUCUCUCGCGCUCUCUCUUGUAGAAGAGGAAUUGGAGCUGGGACUGAGUUUACGGUGCGCCGGAGGUGCAGAUGGGGUUGCCGGGCUUGCGUGCUUCCUUCCGAUAAUCGGAGUUCUGAGCGCGUGGUUGUUGAUUUCUUGAGGUCUGCUCGGAAAGGGGCGAAAGCGCAGAGGAUUCUUGUUGCUAAGCAUCUCGCUGAUGAGUUUGAGUAUGAGGAAUCGGGCCGGCAGGAGGAGGUGCCGGUGGCUUCCAAUUUCACGGGAUUUCAAGAGGAUCCUAUGGUUGGGAAAUUGAGGACUCAGCUUGGUGUGAUUCAUCCUAUUCCUUCGCCGCCGAUAAACCGGAACAUUGUUGGAUUCUUUGUGUUCUUUUUCUUGGUUGGUGUUGUUUCUGAUAAGCUCUGGACGUCGAGGAAGAGGAACAAGCCUGGCCGGCAAGUGAAGCCUGAUGUGUGGCCUCAGGUGCCGACUAGUUUCUCUUUGUUUUUUGACAAGGAUUUGCAAAGAAAGGAAUCGGUGGAAUGGGUGAACAUGGUGUUGGGGAAGUUGUGGAAGGUGUAUAGAGGUGGGAUUGAGAAUUGGAUCAUUGGGUUGCUUCAGCCGGUGAUCGACAACCUCAAGAAGCCGGAUUAUGUGCAGCGGGUUGAGAUUAAGCAGUUCUCGCUUGGGGAUGAGCCACUGUCUGUUCGCAAUGUUGAGCGUCGGACCUCUCGUCGAGUUAAUGAUCUUCAGUAUCAGAUUGGCCUUCGCUAUACAGGUGGUGCUCGGAUGUUGUUGUCCCUUUCUCUGAAAUUUGGUAUCAUCCCUAUAAGUGUACCUGUUGGGGUUCGCGAUUUUGAUAUAGACGGUGAAUUGUGGGUCAAGCUUCGGUUAAUACCAACAGAACCGUGGGUAGGAGCUGUAUCGUGGGCGUUUGUUUCCCUUCCAAAGAUCAAAUUCGAAUUAUCACCAUUUCGGUUGUUCAAUCUCAUGGCAAUUCCUGUGCUUUCGAUGUUUUUGACCAAGCUCCUCACUGAAGAUCUGCCACUGCUCUUUGUGCGUCCAAAGAAGAUUGUUCUUGAUUUUCAAAAAGGGACAGCUCUUGGUCCAGUUGCUGAUAAUUUUAGAACAGAUGCAAAUAAGGAAGGAAAUAAAGAUUUUGUUGGAGAGUUAUCUGUCACCCUAGUAGAUGCUCGAAAACUUGCUUAUGUCAUAUUUGGGAAAACAGAUCCAUAUGUUGUUCUAAGGCUGGGUGAUCAAGUAAUUCGUAGUAAGAAGAACAGUCAGACAACAGUCAUUGGACCACCUGGAGAGCCAAUUUGGAACCAAGAUUUUCAUUUGCUAGUAACAAAUCCUAGAAAGCAGCAGUUGCAACUUGAAGUGAAAGACUCAUUUGGCUUUACUGACUUCAAUAUAGGCACUGGAGAGGUUGAGUUGGGUUCUCUUAAAGAUACAGUACCAACAGACAAAAUUGUCUCUCUUCAAGGAGGAUGGCAAUUGUUCAAGAAGCAACCAUCUGGAGAAAUAUUACUCCGGUUAACAUAUAAAGCCUAUGUUGAGGACGAAGAGGAUGAGGUCUCAGGAAUGAAAUUUGUUGAUACAGAUGCAUCUGAUGAUGAAUUAGAUGGUGAUCUCAUAAGUAGCACAUCUGAGCAAAGUCAAAUUGAUGGCUCUGGUGAAACAGAGAGAGAAUCAUUCAUGGAUGUUCUAGCAGCUCUUCUUGUAAGUGAGGAAUUUCAAGGCAUAGUAGCGUCCGAUACAUCAAAUUUCAAAGUCUUCGAAGGUUCCAAAUCUCCAACAACCACCAGACCAAGAACACCACUCGGAAGCAACACUGACAAUUCACUCCUCGAAAAUGAGAACACUGCUGGAGGCUUCAUAGAUUCAACAUUAGUAUGGCUUGCGGUGGUUACAAGUGUAGCUGUGCUGAUUUCGAUUAAUGUUGGCGGUUCAAGUUUCUUCAAUCCUUGAUAGUUGAUUCUAUCCCCACCUCAAAACUCAAGGUAUUCUUCUUUUCCUCCAAUUACUUUUUAGCAUCACAUAGAUAGAGGUUCUAAAGUGUGCCUUCUAUCUCUAUUGUAAAUUCGGUUCUAUAGCAGAGGAUGUGCUUGCCACGGCAAUAGUUUCGUCCUUCUCUUUUUUUUUUUUACCCGAUUAUCCCUUGUAUUCAUUACUCCAUCUUCAUAUACAAAAAUUCACAAAUGAAAUUCGAUUUACUGUC